CGAGACUGCAGGAAGAGCUCCCGUGCGCGCCGCCAGACAAGAUACGAGGACGACGACAGUGGGCUGCUGGUCACCCCGCCGCGCCGCACCCGCAGGAUGUCUUCUCCGAGUCCGUCGCCCGAGUUAAGCUGCCGAUGGCCUCGCGGGCAGGGCCCGUCGUGGACGCGGCGGCGAUGCUGACCGACGAUGCCGGCGCAGGCGCCCGCGGCCGGUUGCUGCACUGCUGUUCGACGAGGCACGCUGUCGGUUGUGGUCGUGGAGGACCCCCUCGGCGCGGGCGCGGGCGCCGGGCGCUGCUCCGCGCUGGUGCUGGGGUACGGCGCCGACUGGGCGCUCGGGGCGCCGGAGGCCGGGGCGCACGUGGUGGUCAACGGGCGCGAGGUGCCGCUGGGCUCGGCGCAGCUGGCGGCGGUGCCGGGCGAGCGCGCGGUGCUGCUGCACUCGCCGUUGGACCCGCUGGCGCCGCAGCUGCUGCUCGAGCGGCCCCACCGCGAGGACGUCCGCGCGGUGGUGCUCGCGACGCCCGCGCUGACCCCCGCGGCGCGCUCCUCCAGGGUCCGCCCCGACCCCCGCGAGGCGUUCGUGGCGGUCCCCGUCGUCGGUGCGGAGCUCGAGGCCGGCGCUGCCGCAGCAGAGGGCGCCUUCGCCCCCGCCAACUGCGUCGUCUUCUUCCAGCCCAGCGGGAGGCGCCUCGUGCAGCUCGACGUCGCCCGCAGGUGCGCCCGGGAGGUGGCGCUGGGCGAGGCGAGGGGCCCGGGCCGGCAGCUGCACCGCGGGCCGCGGCCGUCGGUCGCGGCCGCCGCGACGGAGCGAGGCGUGGAGGUGCUGGUCUGCGAGGAGGAGCCCGCCGCCGAGGGCGCCUCCGCCGCGUUCCUCGCCGUCCUCUUCCCCUCCGGCCCGGCCAGCGCGGACGGCGCGCCCCGGCCGCCCACGGCGCGCUGGGUCGAGGCCCACCCGGCCGAGCCAGCCUGGGCCGGCGCGGCCAGAGAACGCGCGCCGGCCGCUGGAGAGGCGGCGGCGCUGCCUGUGCUGGCCGCUGACGGCCUCUUUACGACGCCCUUCGGCACGGCUGAGCAGAAGGCACGGCUGGAGGAUGGAGAAGACGACAAGCGUUCGGUGGACGGGAUCUUCGAGACGAUGCAGACGCUAGUGCCGCUGGAGGGUCGAGUUCGUGCCAUCGAGAACGGGACCGCAGUGGACUCCGCAGAUACCGCAGAGCUGACAGCCGCCCUCGCCCAGUUGGCCGCGGAGGACAAAGCCAAGCUCACCGCCGCCCUGGCCGCAGCGGACAGCAAGAUCGAGGCCAAGGGAAAGAGCGCCGCCGACCUUGGCGAUGACCAGAAGGACGCGAUCAAGGCCUGCGCGGAUGCACUGACGGCACUCUUGGGCGAAGAGGAGGCCGCGAAGAAGGCUUGCAUUGGCGCGUUGGAAGGUUCCCCGGUCGGUGGUGAGGAGGAUCCGGUCAAGGCUUGCGCUAAGGCGUUGGAGGCUGCCCUCGGUGGCGGAGAAAAGGAACAUGAUGCGAUCAAUGAGUGCGUGAGUGCGCUCCAUGCUGCUCUGGGCGCCUCAAAGGUGAGCGAGCAGAAAGUCAGCGCUGCUGCACCAGAUAGUGCGCGGAAAGCUUGUGCAGACCGUGUCAAGGCAUGGUCUUACAAUGUGGAAUUUCUGAAAGUUUUGGGGAGGCAGCAGGAGAUCCUCAAGUACACGCGGAGCAUCGACGCGAAGAUCGUGCUCAUGCAGGGCACUUGCAUGGACCUCUCGAUUGAGUGGAUGGCCGAGGACUAUCACGUCAUAUCCUUCCCUAAAUCUUCGACGACGGUUCACGACGGGCUUACCAUAGCGCUGGACACGGCGUCCACCCUGGAGCUGAUAGAGGAGAAGCACUGGUGGCUCAAGAUCUUGAGCGGCGUCCACUUUCACGACAUCUUCGUUUUCUCCCAGCAGCGCUUCUACGUGGCUCACAUGGCCACGGCGGCAGCGAAGAAGGGCCACGGCGACCGCGACGUCUUCGCACCGUCCAUUGAUGAGUCCAUGAUCAAACGGAUGCCGAACUUCAAGGCUUGGCUAUCGAUCUCUGCCGCGCGCCCUGGUGGGCCGCUGCAGGGCGCAGUCAGCAUGCUGUUCAAACUUGCUUCAGGCGUCAUCGCAGAACCCCUCGCUGAGCUGUCCACGGGGAUGGGCGCGCUCGUGUCGUUUCCUGCCUCAUUCAGCGAUGGCGAAAUGGCUUCACUUCGCAAGCCUGGUAGAGGGGACGGCUCGGACCCUGAGAACGACGCCAUCGGCAUCGUUGACGAGAUUAUCAACCGCGUCACCGGCGCCGCCAACCAGCGUCGCAGCCAUGCUCGAUCUCGUUGGGCAUUGGUGCAAGCGCCCUUUGACCUCGGCAAGGCGUUCGACAAAGUCGGCCGUGGAAUGCUCUGGGACACACUUGCUUCUCUGUCUGAUCGCGUGCGCCUCCGCCUGCUGCUGGAGGAGGCGCGCAAUGACACAUACAUGCUGCUUCAGGGUUCACGCAUUGGCCGCGUUGCGCGGCGCCUUUCGAUUCGUCAGGGCGCGCAAACAGGGUCAGUGGACCGGUCCGUCCGUUUCGUCAUCCUGCACGACGUAGCCCUGAUGCUCAUCCAGGGCGCGAGGGGCAAGGACAGCUAUCAAUCCGCGGCAAAGCUUGCCCCGCAGAUAGACAACUUCCUCGGGCUAGGAUCGGAUUGCGUGGACCUCUAG